UAUUUAAAUCAAAUCCAGUGUGAUAGAAGAAAGAAGAAUCCCUCCGUCCCUUCUUCGUCUUCUCUGCUCUUGAACUGUUCGAUUCCAUCUCAAUCUCUUGCAAUGAUCGGAUCAGUCUAACAUCUUCUUCCUCUCCCAGUUCCAUUUCUUUUUCCUCAACUUUGUUCAUGGCCGAAAAACCGCUAAUACUCAAAGAUUACCUCGAGCUCGACUGGAUUUCGGAACCAUUCCGGUUAGCCCCGCCGAAGCAACCCGCGGGCACAACACUACGCAGCCUCCUCGACACCGAGCUUCGCGGCGGAGGAUUUGCCGGCCACCAAGGUCCCAGCUUUCAUGUUCGAUCUUACUCAAAGACCGCUCUCACGAAGCUCUCUGACCUCAUCAAGGCCGUUAAUGGCCUACGUUUUUUCACCGCCGGAAGUAAGAAUCCGGCGAGCACCAGUCUUCUUCUUAAGAGUUUUUCAAGGAAUUUGAGGUGUGGGUUAUGGGAAAGAAGCGGUGGUGAGAAAGAAAGGGGUUUGAGAUCAGUGAUUGAGGAGGAGGUGGAAACAAAUUCUGUGUUUUCAACUUCUCCGGUUGUUAGCAGCUGCAUGAGCUCGUCGGACGGCGGCGAUUCAACCUCUUCUGAUUUCCUGCUGUCUUACGGUGUUGGCGCGAGCUCUCACCGCGCGUCGCCGGACCGCCGGGAGCUCAAGAAACAGGAAAAUAGGGGGAAGGCAAUGGAUUGUCCGAUGGAAGAAGAGAAGGAACAGUUAAGUCCUGUGUCAGUCAUGGAAUUUCCGUACAAAGACGAGGUGGAGGAGGAGGAGGAGGACGAAGUGGAGCAGCUGCAGCCCUCCACCACCUCUUUUUCUUCGCCGCUACAUGAGACGACAACAAAUCAGCUCCGACCAUUCGUGGAGCAGGCCGAGCAGGACAAUUUCGAAUCGACCGUCCCCCUGCCAUAUGAAGACGAGGAGGAGCAGCGGAGGAAGGCAUUUUCUCUCCUCCACCAUGUCGCCGGCUGCCAGCCACUUCCGGCGAUCGAAGAGAAUUUGCUGUUCGAAUUUUUUCUCGAGGCUCUCUCGCUCUCCGGUCGUCGCCGGAGUUGGAGAAGCGUUGGAGAGGAGGAGCUUGUGAGGAUGGCGGCGGGGUGGGUUUCCGGCGAAAUGGGUGCGGUGGAGGACGGAGCUGAAGUGGUGGUUGGGGAGAUGGAGAUGGCUGGAGGAUGGAGAGGAUUUGAGGAGGAUGUGGAGAUGGUGGCGGCGGAGAUAAGCUGUGGUUUGAUGACGGGGCUGAUGGAGGAUCUGGCCGCUGAGCUCUCGCUGGCAGCUUGAUUGUUUCGAUUAAUGCUAGCAAGGGAGACAUUUGGAACAAUUGAUCGUAAGGACGUACCAG